AUGAUGAAAAUUAAAAAGGAGAAAAUCUAAAGAUCAAAAUAUAAGAGCAUUAGUUCUGAUGAAAGAGAACUUAUCAUUCAAUAUAUUGAACAAUAUAAGUACUCUUCCUCACAUGUAUUGUUCUAAACAAUUUUUAGGUCUCUAUUAUUACAGGCCACAACAUUUCCACAAUAAAAGCCAUUUACUAAGUUUAUAAAAGGGAAGGGAGAAUCUAAAAAAAAUAAAAAAGAGAUAAAAUUUUAAAAAUAACUUCAUAAGUCUUAUUUUUUGUAGCUGAUGAUAUGUAAAAAUUUCAUAAAAAUUAUAGGAAAGAGAGUUUUGUAAAAUUAGGGGAAGAUAUCAAGGAAUUUUUGGAUGUUAAAGAUGAUAAUACUGAUAUAAGAGAUUUUAAGGAGAAUAUGCUUAAAUAAUAGCUAAUAAAUAACAAAUCUCGAAUUUUCUGUUAGUUAGUAAACUAGUAAGCUAAAAACAACUUUUUAGAGGAGAUGAACAUAAUGAUUAAGUAAAAUGCCUUAACUAAAGAGUUCAGUACUAUUAAUCCUAAUACUGUGCCUAAAUUUUAAGAAAGCCAAUAAAUUAAUAAUAGAAAACAAGAAAAAUGUUCUUAUUUAACUUAAAUUCCAUAAUCUGAAAACCCAAGCUUUUAUUCAUAAGUGCAAAACAAACUUUAUGAAUAACAUGCAUUAAUGAAAACCUGA